UCCAAGUGAGCAAUCUGUUAACUUCAGGGAAAGCAGGCCUAGAAAGUACUGGGACUUUGUUCCCACUUUAACCAGGAAAUAAUACCCCAGACAGGAAGUGAAACUAGCCAGAGUUGUAUAAUCAACACAGGUGGAUAUUCUGAUUUGGGGAAUAAAAAAUUAUUUCCUUUAGAUCUAUGCAACUGUUUCCUGUAUUCUAUUAUUAUUUUUCUAUUCAAAAGACAGAGGUUUCAUUGUUGUUGUUUUGUUUUAAUAGCGUGUAGAAAAAAGGCAGGACUUUUGUCCUCGAACUAUUAGUAAUGACCUUUUCUCUUGACUAUUUUAGUUCUUAGUGUUUGUAAAAGAUCCCUGGGUAGCGCAAAUGGUUUGCACUUGGCUUCUAAUCUAAAAGUUGGCAAUUCGAGCCCAUCAAGUGGUGCCACGGAAGAAAGACUUGAUAAUCUGCUUCCAUAAAGAUUACAGCCACGAAAACCCUAUGGGGCAGUUCUACUCUGUAACAUGAGGUCAUCAUGAGUCAGAAUCGACUUGAUGGCAACAGGUUUGAUUUUGGUUUAGUGUCCGUACCACACAGUUUAGUAUUUGGUUAAUUGGUUGAUUUCAUUAGGCCCAGGGGAGUCGGGGAAAGUGUUUGGCCCUCAUCAGAAGAUCUUUUAGUAAAGUCUCUCACCAUAACCUCAAAACUGUCAUUUCCCAUUGCAGGGCUUAGGCCUCCACUGGACCCCGUAUAGCACUUGUUAAACUUUCCUGCUCUGUUCUUCUUUCAUCUCUUUCUCAGAAUCGCCUGCGAGCUUUCUUGCUCUCGAAGGGUUGAACCAUUAUUUUGGAAAUACAAGGCCCUGGAUGCUGACUUAGUUUACUGUUAUUGGUGGUGUUUUUUUUCCAUGAGAUACCAGGGCGACAGCUUGGCUUUUCCAUCAAGGACAGCACUGCUGGUUCAUAAGAUCAGUAACAAAACAGGAGCUACCUCUCAGCCCUGUGCAAAAGUGAAAUAAAUCUCGUCACUACAAAUGGGAACUAUGUUUUGGAAAAGCAGAUCUGCUGCCCAGCGCAGCUCCUAGUGGUUCAUAUUGUUCCUGCAAAUCAGAGUCUAAAAGAACAAGGCUCAGAAACACAAAGAUAUGGUAUUGGGAGCCUCUUUUAUUGAAAAAGAGCCAUCAGUCAUAAAGGGUUACCAUGCUCAACAAUUUUUCUCCCACAACUGGAGGUAUGGAUUUUUCUAAAAAGCCAACCAAUUCAUGGCUCUGAACUGGGACAGCUUUUCACCAGGCAUGAGGCAAAUUACAAAAGUGACUCUUACUUUAGGAAUCUCUGACAGAGCCAGGCUGGAAAUGAUUCAGGAAAUUUGAGCUAGAAGAUACUUCUGAUCCCUGGGAAACAAGGCCUCAGUGUAUGGAGGAACCUGAAUUUGUAUGUAGAGCUCCUGUCGCCAGAGGUGGCGUUUACAUUGGCCUUGACUUUGGGGCAGAGGCACAAGGGGAAUUGAAAGGUUGUUGUGAGGACCUGCUAGGAAUGUCUUUCUGGAAGCCUUGAGAAGGUCGCCCAGAUGCCAAAAUUUCCAUGGGAAGUCCUCUACACAGCUGUUUGGGAGUGGGAGGUGUUUCUCAUGAUUCUCGCCUCAUUUAGAAUAAUUUAUUACUUUACUUGCAAGAGCCCAGAAUCAUCCAUAGGACAAACACUGUUUAUUUUUCCAUUCCACACCAAAGGACAGAGACAUUCCUGGGUAAUCCAAAGAUGCCUUAGCAAAACCCAUGCCAGCUUCAAGGCGUUCUGAGAACUGGCUGGACGGGGUUCAAGACUAGGGCAAAUAGGACCAGAGCAGAUGAGUCCAGGGCAGAAGCCUAGAGGGCGCAGCAGUGGAGAGAAGGGAAGGGAGCUGGAGCUACAGAAGCUGAUCAGGAAAUCCCGCUGUGCCUCCUCAAGGCAUUCCUUAAAUGCAGUGCGACGUCAGCUCUUCUUUAUGGUAAUUCAGGUGUCUCUCAUUCUUCCAGGAAAAUUCAGCUUAUUCAGGAAACCUUGUUACUACCCAAGUCCAUAAUGAGCUUUCCUUCUCUGGACUAUUUUAGUUCUUAGAGUUCGUAGCAGGCGAUUUAGCAUUUGAUUAGUUGAUUGAAUGAUUUAACUCAUUUCUUCAUUCAAUAACUCAAUUUAUUGAGUUUCUCCUACGAACUUUAUACCGAACACACCAGACUGAAUGUCGCAGUUUUUCUCUUUAACCUGAAUUGUUCUUUAGUUCUUAAUGCAUGUAUGUCCUACUUCCCCUUUACACUAUUUACCCUUCUUCUGUGUUCUUCACAGUCGCUAGCCUGGGAUGAGUCAACACUCAGUUAUUUAAUACAUGUUUAUCUAGUGGCUAUAACCAGGAGGACCUGGAACAUCCCUCACUUUUCCUACGCUGCUGCUGUUGUUGUUGGUGUUAGUUGCCAUCAAGUCAGCUCCACCUCAUGCCUCCUUGUGUAUAACAGAGUGAAACAUUACCUGGGCCUGCACCGUCUACAUCCUCCUUGCUAUGUCUGAGUUCGUUGUUGUGGCUGCUGUGUCAACCCAUCCCAUGGAGGGUUUUCCUCAUUUUUGCUGACCUUCUUCUUGACCAAAUAUGAUGCCCUUUUCUAGCAAUUUGUCUUUCCUGAUGAUGUGCCCAUUCUGAACUGCAUCAUCCUUUCAGUACACUCUACGUCUAGAUAACAUCAGACUCUUAAAUAGGAAAAAUAAUGCCUCUCGACAUGGGUUACUGGUGGAUAAAAGAGAAAAUGUGCAUAAUGUUUAACACAGCUCGUGAAACAUAGUAUGUCCGCAACCAAUGACAGCUAUCAUUAUCACCGAUACAGCUCUCUGGCUUAAAUUGAAUUGGUGUAUGCCUUUUCUUGAUGUAAUUAAAUGCUUUAGUUUAAAGGUUUCCAGCCAGACUAGGGGAAAAAAAUACGGGACUCAAGGGGUAUAACAUAACAAUGAUAGAGAUGGUAACUAUUAUGCUGAGAUGUUGUUACUUGUGUGAUUUAAUUAUGCUUAGAAAAAAAUCAAAGUGCAUUUUACAAAGAUGGCGCCAAAAGUGAAGAAGGAAGCCCCUGCCCCUCCCAAAACUGAAGCCAAAUUAAAGGUAUUGAAGGCCAAGAAGGCAGUGCCGAAAGGUGUCCAUAGCCACAAAAAAAAGAAGAUCCGCACUUCACCCACCUUCCAGCAGCCCAAGACACUGAGGCUGCGAAGGCAGCCCAGAUAUCCUUGGACGAGCGCCCUCAGGAGAAACAAGCUGGACUGCUAUACCAUCAUCAAGUUCCCUCUGACCACCAAGUCAACCAUGAAGAAGAUAGAAGAUAACAACACACUUGUGUUCAUUGUGGAUGUCAAGGCCAACAAGCACCAAAUCAAACAGGCUGUGAAGAAGCUCUAUGAUAUUGAUGUGGCCAAGGUCAGCACCUUGAUCGGACUUGAUGGAAAGAAGAAGGCAUAUGUUCAAUUGGCCCUUGACUAUGAUGCUUUGGAAGUGGCCAGCAAAAUUGGGAUCAUCUAA